CACCAUAAUGUUAACUACUUUGGUUUUACUUCUCUAAGAAACAGGUGAAGAGCUAAACAAUGAAGUUUAACUUAGCUUUCUUACUUUUGAUAAUUUGCAUAACAACUACGUUAGCUAUUGAACACCAUCAUAAAAAGCACAAGCAUGGUUUAAAACACCACCAUGGUGCAAAACAUCACCAUGCAAGACAUCACAUCGCCAAACGCACUAGUUGUCUUUCAUUAAAACUGAAUUUGGAUUUGAUAGCACAAAGUGUGAAUGAAGUCGAUCAAGCUAUGUGUGGGUCUGCAUUACUCACAACAUUCAAAGCUACUACUUGGGCUCAAACGAAACUGCAAAUUACAAGAGUAUGCGCUAUCGAUUUUAAAUUCGACUUUUCAUUAUCAAUCUCCCUAGGGUUGAUAAAAACUUCUUAUGUAUCACUUCAGCUAGCAAUUGAAAGCUUCGAAAACAUCAAGAGUGGUUUACCCUUAUUUUCUCUUCCAAGCUGUUGGUCUGAAACUGUUCUGAAAUUGAAAAAUUGCUUGUCGCUUAUCAUGGAAUUUGAAGUCUCUUUAAAGAAAUGCGACAAUAAUGAAGAUGGAACCACUAUAGAAGGAUCUAGCAAUAGUGAAUCAGGUAGUCAAUCAACUACACCAGGUACAUCGUCGAGUACCGAUUCCCAGUCCUCAGGAAGCGUAAGCGAAAUAACCGACACAUCCGAUAAAGAUAAGGCAACAGUAGUACCAACAGAUGAUACAACGACGAAAGAGACCGAAACAUCAUCAGAUACAUCAGGCUCGUCUUCCGACGACAGUACAGAUACCGAAAAGACAGAACACAGCCAGGAAACAGCAGACAACACUAAUGAAACUGAAACAUCAUCAUUUACACCAGGCACGUCUUCCGAUAGCAGUUCAGAUACCGAAAAGACAGAACCCAGCCAGGAAACAGUAGGCAGCAAUAAUGAAACCGAAACAUCAUCAGUUACACCAGGCACGUCUUCCGACAGCAGUACAGAUAGCGAAGUACCGGUAACGGAUGACAAGAGUGAUACUGAAGAGACAGAAAGCAACCAGGAAAUAACAGAUAGCAAUGAUAAAACCGAAACAUCGUCAGUUACACCAAACACGUCUUCCGGCAGCAAUCCAGAUACCGAAGCAACGGCAACGGACGACAAGAGUGAUACGACAACCGAAAAUAAUUGCAAGGGAAAUGGUAAAGGAUUGGGGGCUUGUCAAGAUACCCAUCCAACAAAAGGCAAAAAUCAACGUCGCGCUCCAAGACGUCACCUUAGACACCACAAGCUUUAUAAGGCCCACAAACACAAUUCUCACUAUUAAAUGAAAUAUCUUGCAUACAUAGACAAUCACUGGUAAAUGGGUUUGUAAUUUGUCGAAAUAAAUUAGUAAGAAGCAGUAUA